UUUGUUGAAAAUUUGUUUUAUUAUGGUGGCAAACAAUAAUUGUUUAAAUGCCAACCAAAAUGAUAAUCAACAACAACAACAACAACAAGGUCUUCAACCGGUCAACUAUAGAAACAAUACCAUUGGUAUUAGAUAUAACGGAACCGUUUGUUUAUUGAUGGCAUUCAAAAGCCUGAAUAUUAGUGUAACAUCAAAAACAACGGAUAAAACAUUUAUGAAUCAAAUUAUCGAUGACAGCGACGAAAUUCAGAUAAUUGUCGACAGAAGUAGUUGUCUUAAUAUUACCGAUCAAACACAACGUCUGGCAUUGAAUGUGUCGGGAAAUUAUUUGGAGUUUGUAUUCAAGAAAAAUAUGACAACAAAAUUGCAUAAACUUUCCCUAAUUAUGUUUGAAGUGGAAAAUCAGACACUAUUUGAUGGGACAACAGUGAAAAAUGGUAAUAUCUCGAAGAUGUCGCCCGAUCUUAAAGCUAAACAACUGGGCGGCGGUUAUUCAUUUGAAUGUCGACAUAAGUAUACGUUUCGGUUUAAUGCAACCGAAACGGAGGAAAUAAAAGUAUCGAUAAUUGGGCUAAAAUUUUCGGCCUUCAGAAAGAAAAAUAACGGCGAUUUUGAUAAACGUUUGGUUCAGUGCGAACCACCCAAGACUGUCAAACCGGGCAGUGAUACCGUUCCCAUAGCUGUUGGCGGAGUACUUACCGGUUUUUUGGUCAUCUCUUUGGUCGGAUAUUUGGUUAUAAGGGCACGAAAAGCGUAGAUAUGGAGACUAGAAAUUGUUUAAAAUGCUUAAUCA